AUGUCUGGAUCAAUUUUAAAAUAUGUUGCACCUUCAACAUCUACCGCAGUAGGAGAAAGUGCUGAAGACAUACAGUCUGGUGAUGUUGCACCUUCAACAUCUACCGCAGUAGGAGAAAGUGCUGAAGACAUUCAGUCUGGUGAAUCUUCUCAAGAAAAUUUCUAUGUGAACGCGCAGGAAUUGGAGAAGAUUGUUUUAGCUUCAAGCGGUGAAAGUGAUGUAGACGAAGGAGAUGCCAGCAAAAGCCUGCAUCGGCAAGAAUCUGAUGAUGAUGAAGAAGAAAAAGAAGAGGAGACUGUACGACUGUCAGUUUAUUCUGAUGUUGCUGCUUGGCCAGUUCCAGUUCCAGAUGUCUUAAGAGUGGACCUUAUUAAGAGGGGAAGUGAACCUUUCCAAAAUAGAGAUGGGCCAUUCAAUCCUGUUGAAAUACAAGGAGAGAAAUCAAAAGGGAAGAGUCGACAGCUGACCACUGCAUGGUUCUAUAAGGCUCUGCCUAAUGGCGAAAAAAUUCUUAGAACGUGGAUGGUGUACUCUCUAUCAAAACAGAGUUUGUUUUGUUUCUGCUGCAGACUUUUUGCUGUAGAUGACAAACUAACAGGUACAUCUAGUUUUGUUACUGGGUUUCAAUUGUGGUGGAAGCUGAACCCAAAGGUGUUUGAUCAUGAGGCUUCUGAGCAGCAUCUUACAUGCUUGGAGAAAUGGAAGACCUUGAGAGCAGGAUUGAAGCUACAAAAAUGCCUUGAUCAUGUCCAUCAAACAACAGUGGACAGAGAGAAAAGUAAAUGGAGGGAUAUUUUGCAUCGCCUCUUGGAUGUAACUUUGUUUCUGGCUCACCAGAAUCUUCCUUUUCGUGGUCAUAGAGAGACCAUGUCAUCAGCAAACAAAGGAAACUUCCUGGAAUUGAUAGAUUUGCUCUCAAACUAUGAUCCCAUUUUAAAGGAACAUUCCAUGCGACUGAAACAUGCUGUUGCAUCUGGAAAGAGAAUGACUUCCUAUUUCUCUCCAAAAAUUCAGAAUGAAUUAAUUUGUCUUUUGGGGAAUCACGUGAAGGACAAAAUAGUGGCUGAUAUCAAGAAAGCAAAAUACUUUGGGAUUCUUUUUGACAGCACCCCUGAUGUGUCCCACACUGAUCAGAUGUGUGAAGUGAUCAGAUAUGUUCAUAUUGAAGGUGACAAGGUUGAAGUAAAAGAAUCAUUCUUGAGCUUCUUUCCUAUUGCUGGAAAGACUGCUGCUGAGCUCACAGAAAAUAUCCUGCAACAUCUGGAGGAAGAUGGACUAGACAUAAGUCUUUGCCGUGGUCAAGGAUAUGAUAAUGCUGCAACUAUGGCAGGGAUUCAUGGUGGUGUGCAGGAAAAAAAUAAAAGAGAUUAA